GGUCGCGGGAGUCUGAGGCGCCCCGGGGCGUUGCGGCGGGUCUGAGGCCUCUGAGGUGUCCUGGAGAUUUGAAGAGUCCCAGGCGCCCUGAGGGGUUCGGGAACGCUGAGAGGACCUGGCGACUCUCGGGCGCCACCUCGCGGUCACCUCGCGCACAGGACGAGGCAGAGCCGCGCAGUGACGGCAUCGGUGGGCGCCGCGAGGUGACGUCAUCACGGGCGUUCCCGGGGCCGCUUCCGAUCCCGAUCCCGGCCCGUGAGGGCGGCUCGGGCCGGUCCGAUGCGGCGGCGGGCAGGAUGCACCAGAAGCUGCUGCGCAGCGCGCACUACAUCGAGCUGGGCAGCUACCAGUACUGGCCGGUGCUGGUGCCCCGCGGCAUUCGGCUCUACACGUACGAGCAGAUCCCGGUGUUCCUGAAGGACAACCCCUACAUCACCGAUGGAUACCGAGCCUACCUGCCCUCCCGCCUCUGCAUCAAGAGCCUCUUCAUCCUCUCCAACGAGACCGUCAACAUCUGGAGUCACCUGCUCGGCUUCCUGCUCUUCUUCACGCUGGGCAUCUACGACCUGACGGCCGUGCUGCCGGCGGCCGGCGCCUCCCGCGAGGACUUCGUCAUCUGCUCCGUCUGCCUCUUCUGCUUCCAGGUCUGUAUGCUUUGCUCAGUAGGAUAUCACCUGUUCUGCUGUCACCGCUCUGAGAAGACCAGCCGGCGCUGGAUGGCACUGGAUUACGCAGGAAUUUCCAUCGGGAUCCUGGGCUGCUAUGUGUCAGGGGUGUUCUAUGCCUUCUAUUGCAGUAAUUACUGGCGCCAGGUGUAUUUGAUCACUGUGCUGGCCAUGAUCCUGGCAGUGUUUUUUGCUCAGAUCCAUCCCAGUUACCUCACACAGCAGUGGCACAGGCUGCGCUCCAUCAUCUUCUGCUGCGUCUCUGGCUAUGGAAUCAUUCCCACCAUCCACUGGGUUUGGCUCAAUGGCGGUGUUGGUGCAUCCAUUGUACAGGAGUUUGCUCCGCGGGUGUUUGUCAUGUACUUCAUCGCUGCUGUAGCUUUUCUCUUCUAUAUUUCCAAAGUUCCAGAAAGAUACUUCCCAGGCCAGCUGAACUACCUCGGUUCAAGCCACCAAGUGUGGCACAUCCUGGCAGUGGUGAUGCUGUAUUGGUGGCACCAGUCCACAGUGUACAUCAUGCAGUACCGACACAGCAAGCCCUGCCCCGAGUACAGCGCGGACUUGUGAGCCAAGAGGCAGCACAAGAAGAUUUGUGACUCUGAGCGUCUGGACCUCAUGUGAUGAGCUGUGCUGUCAAGGACUGAGGCAGUUCCUUUCCUGACUCCUGGACUCUUACCCCCUUGCUGGAACAAAGUGUUACUGCAAGCUUUGAUAAACACAGCAGCACUGCCUGGGAUCUGAGGGGCAUUUCCUUCUCAGCCAGUUCUUGCUCUGCAGUCAAGCACCAAACAGCUCUUCCUGGAGCGGGACAGCAGGAGACUGAGCUCAUGUGGCAUGCGGAUCCCAGCGAGAUGUUUUGUUGCCUAGCAAAUACAAAUGGCUCAGCCAAGCGUACUCAGGCCUGGACACCAGGUUUUUGAGUGGUGUGCACCGUUAGGAGAACACUUCUGACAGCGUGCCUGUAAAAUUGUAGGAACUGUGGGAGCUGGUCCUGGAUCCAAACCAUAGCCCUGGGGGCUGCGCGUCCUUCAGUGUUUGCACGGAAGAUGUAUUUAUGCUUCAGCAUUGGCACUGGAACGUAUGAACUGGAAUUCAGUGGAUUUGUGUCCUGGUCUGGACAAGCUCUUUCCCAUUCUCUGGGAGAUAAGAUCACAUGACAUGCAGUACACCUAGAUGUUAAUUGCAGAUCUUAAAAAUAGCCUCCCCCAAGGGGGUUUGUGCCAUUGCUUGAAGAAAUUUCUCUAGAUCCCUUCAGUAAUCUGGAAUUCGUAUUCCAAAAUAUUCCAGGAGUAGCACUAAGCCUGCAUGUCCAUGUUUGUUGCUGUUUUGCAAUCAGUGAACUUGCCAGGGGCUGCAGAUUCCUUUCCUUUCCAUUGUGCAGGAUGAUACUGCAUUUGCAGACACCACUGUCCAAAACGACUUGCUGCCACAGUGCAAAGGCUGCCUAGAGUUUCAGGAUGUGUUGUGAAACCAUCUCUUAUAAAAUGAACAGUAGGGAGCCGUGAAAUACUCUGGUUAUCGGGUAGCUGCAGCCCAGCACAAUUAAGCUCCAGGGGUGCCGGUCUUCCAAACAGCAUUGAAAUGCUUUGGACUUUUGGGUUAGAGGCAAUGAUGCUGUUGGGACUAAUCCUAGAUGGUUAAUGUCCUUGUGGAGAGGGCUUCCCUGUAAUCCCCUGGGAGAGGCUGGCUGGGUGCAGUGACUUCCUCAAGGCAGCCAGGCUGUUAGCUGCCCAAAGCUGCCUCUCCCUGGGCUAAGGCAGGACUUGUGUUCUGGUCAGGGUGUGCCAAGGAGACUUGUAGUGGAGGUGGAAGCUUACAGAUAGGCACCUAAAUUCCUCGGGCAUGGAGAAGGCAGGAUACUAACUCCUCUUCAUGUGCUGGACAGAGAUGCUCUCUGUUUAGGUCAGAGGGUGGUUUUGGUGCUUUUUUUGUUGUUUUUUUUUAAACUCCAGAGACAAGCGUUGGCAAAACUGACUCUGCAUUAAUGAUUCAGCUCCCAGACCUUUAAGCCUUUCAGUGUAAGCACUGAUUUUUUUUUAUGAUUUUUUUUUUAACUUGACAGCCAAGCAAGUUUCAUGUGCACUAAUUACUACUACUGAAGCCUGACAAGGAACUUGCAAGUAUAAAAGUCUGUUUCCAGUGUUAUGUGUACACUAAUACCUGAAGAAUGUGUCUGUGCUCUGAAAUAAUACUGACUUGAGCAUUCACUAAUGUAUUUUUUAAAUGGAAAUUCUUAACUUCUCCAGCAGUUUUCACCAGAUAAGGAAACUGCCAAGCUGUGCAUUUUUACCUGACACAAUUUAUCAAGCUGCAUGAUGGUUUUUCCUGUACAUACUGAACCUAUAAAUAAAUUCCAGUUCAUUGGUUUUUUUC